GGAUACUGAGAGCAUCAUCCAUGGCCCAGUCACAGGGGGAGCUGACACAGUGGUUUGUACAGCAGAGCUGUGAGAGUGAUUGACCCCCUCAACACUUCUUUAUUAGAGUGCUACAAUAACGCAGCCAUGCCACCCCCAGCUGACAUCGUCAAGGUGGCUAUUGAAUGGCCAGGUGCUAAUGCUCAGCUCAUAGAGAUGGACCAGAAAAGACCUUUGUCCUCAAUAAUAAGGGAAGUAUGUGAUGGCUGGUCUUUGUCAGGCUCAGAGCAGUUUGCUCUGCGUUAUGCUGAUGGCCCUCAGCUUUAUAUCACUGAGCAGAGCCGUGGUGAAAUCAAAAACGGGACCAUCCUUCGGUUAGCCAUUUCACCUACGCGUGCUGCCCGUCAGCUCCUGGAGAGGAUCCAGUCCCACGGUAUCGACGCUCGCCUCGAGGCUCUGAAAGAGCUUGCCAAGCUGUCUGCUGACCCAACCUUUGCCACAGAGUUCAUCAAUAUGGAAGGCAUUGGGACACUGGCACGACUUGUAGAGAGUGGCACCCACUUCGGUGAAAUGCUGGCUUUCACUCUCACUGCCUUCCUGGAACUAAUGGAUCAUAGCAUUGUGUCCUGGGACCUUAUCUCGCUCUCCUUUAUCAAACAGAUUGCAGGAUAUGUGAACCAGCCAAUGGUGGAUGUGUCCAUCCUGCAGCGUUCUCUGGCCAUCCUGGAGAGCAUGGUCCUUAAUAGCCACAGCCUCUACCAUCGAGUGGCUCAGGAAAUCACCGUGGGACAGCUCAUCGGGCACCUGCAAGUGUCAAACCAGGAGAUCCAGACCUACGCCAUCGCCCUCAUCAAUGCUCUUUUCCUAAAGGCACCAGAGGACAGACGACAGGAGGAGUAUACUAACCCGCUGGAGCAGCACCUCACUGAAAUGGCAAGCACUUUGGCCCAGAAACACCUGCGAUCUAUCAUCCUCAAUCAUGUUAUAAGAGGAAAUCGACCAAUCAAAGCAGAAAUGGCGCAUCAGCUGUAUGUACUGCAGGUGUUGACCUUUAACCUUUUGGAAGAACGAAUGAUGACCAAAAUGGAUCCUAAUGACCAGGCCCAGAGAGAUAUCAUUUUUGAGCUGCGCAGGAUCGCCUUUGAUGGAGAAAAUGACCCCACUGGUACAGAGAAGAGAAAGGCAAUGUACACCAAGGACUACAAGAUGCUGGGUUUCACUAAUCAUGUGAACCCAGCUAUGGAUUUCACCCAGAUUCCUCCAGGGAUGCUGGCUCUGGACAACAUGCUGUACCUGGCCAAAGUUCACCAGGACACGUACAUCAGGAUUGUCCUGGAGAACAGCAGUCGAGAGGACAAGCACGAAUGUCCCUUUGGCCGGUGUGCCAUUGAACUCACUCGAAUGUUAUGUGAGAUACUCCAGGUUGGAGAGUUGCCUAACGAGGGCUGCAACGACUACCACCCCAUGUUCUUUACCCAUGACCGGGCAUGGGAGGAGUUCUUCUGUGUCUGCAUCCAACUGCUUAAUAAAACGUGGAAGGAGAUGAGGGCCACAGCCGAGGACUUCAACAAGGUGAUGCAGGUGGUCCGUGAGCAGAUCACCAGGGCUCUGGCGAUGAAGCCCUCAUCUUUAGACCAGCUGAAGAACAAACUGCGAGGCCUCAACUAUUCAGAGAUCCUGCGUCUGCGGCAGUCAGAGAGAAUGAGCCAGGAUGACUUCCAGUCUCCACCUAUCAUCGAGCUGCGGGAGAGAAUUCAGCCUGAGAUCUUAGAGCUCAUCAAGCAACAGCGACUCAACCGGCUGUGUGAGGGAAGCUGCUUUCGUAAGCUGGGGAACCGCCGAAGGCAAGAGAAAUUUUGGUUCUGCAGACUGUCACUGAAUCACAAAGUGCUGCACUAUGGGGACCUUGAUGAGUCUCCUCAGGGUGAAGUGCCUUUUGAACUCCUCAGCGAUAAGAUCCCCGUAUCAGAAAUCAAGUCUGUGGUAACUGGGAAGGACUGCCCUCAUAUGAAAGAAAAAAGUGCUCUGAAACAAAACAAGGAGGUCCUGGAGUUAGCCUUUUCUGUCCUCUACGAUCCCGAUGAGACGCUCAAUUUUGUUGCUCCCAACAAGUAUGAGUACUGCAUCUGGACUGAUGGGCUGUGUGCGCUGCUGGGCAGAGAGAUGGGCAGUGACCUGACGCGCAGUGACCUAGAUACUCUCAUUAGCAUGGAGAUGAAGCUCCGCCUCCUCGACCUUGAGAACAUCACAAUCCCAGAAGCCCCGCCCCCUGUGCCGAAGGAGCCUAGCUCGUAUAACUUCACCUACAAUUACAGCUGAGAUGUGUGUGUGUGUGUUUGCAGUGCAUGUGUGUGUUUGUGUUUUUGUCAAGGAUGAGUAUACUCGGUCUUUUAAUGAAUUUAGCCGCAAAUGUGUGCAACAGAAAAUUCUACUUUGAAUUUUUUCUUUUUUAAACUUUUCAGAUGCCUGGAGACUUCUCCCCAUCUCUGUGCUUGUGAUGUUGUAUGGCUCGUCAAAUAGGAGAAAUGUGUUUGUAGCUUCACAGGGAGGUCAGAAGUCAGGGUCCAUUACAGAGCAGUACUCCUAGAGCUGGUAGAGAUUCAAAGAUUGAAUCUCAUUUAUCAGUGCGGUCUCUAGGCAACAUCUUGAGUUGUAUUCUCCAUUCUUUACUAAUUAAAGGUGUAAACCUGCUUGUUAAGUUAAAAAAAAUACUGUGCCUGAUGGUGAAUAUACAGUUAGGUGCAUACGUAUUUGGACUGUCACAAAUUUCUUUCUAAUUUUGCCUCUGUACACCUCCACACUGGAUUUG